GGGAAUGAGUAACCAUGACCCUACUUUCACUUCAACCGGAAAUUCAAUAAUGUCGAGCGACAGUGAACAUCGUAGCACAAUUCUUGCGAGAAUUGCUUCGGCAUUUUUCUAUGGAUGCACUUCGUUUUUAAUAAUAGUUGCGAACAAAAUUGUAUUGACAACGUACAAAUUCCCAUCAUUCCAGUUCCUGGGUUUAGCUCAGAUGCUGACUGGAAUCUUUGUCUUAUAUGCAGCCAAGUUAUUCUCUGUGAUUGAAUUUCCGGACUUCGCAGGAGAUACUUUUAAGAGGAUAUGGCCUUUGCCAAUUAUGUUUGUUGGCAAUUUGCUCUGUGGACUUGGAGGAACACAGAAAAUAAGUUUACCAAUGUUCACAGUUCUGCGACGUUUCUCAAUUCUAUUUACAAUGAUUGCGGAGUUCUGGAUCUUGGGAGUAAAGGCCUCCAAAUCGGUACAGUUCAGCGUGUAUCUCAUGAUAGCGGGAGCCAUGGUAGCUGGAGCGACUGAUCUAUCAUUUGAUCUGGUUGGCUACACACUCAUCUUCAUCAACAACCUUUGCACGGCUGCUAACAUGGUAUACACCAAGCAGAAGUUAGAAGCAAAGGAUCUGGGACAGUACGGACUGCUGUUUUAUAAUUCCAUAUUUAUGGUGAUACCAUUGUUAAGCCUCAUGCUAUUCAAUGGAGAAUUUGAGUUGGUGUAUCACUAUGAUCAGUGGAGCAACAUCAUGUUCCUGGGGCAGUUUGCGCUGUCUGGUGUCCUGGGAUUCAUACUCAACUACUCAAUAGUGCUCUGCACGCAUCAUAACUCAGCCCUCACUACCACAAUCAUAGGUGUUUUAAAGAAUCUCAUAGUGACUUAUCUGGGGAUGAUCUUGGGAGGAGAUUAUAUAUUUAGUUGGCCCAAUUUUCUUGGAUUGAAUAUCAGUGUUAUUGGCAGCAUGAUAUACACAUAUUUGACAUUCAAAAAGCCAGUGCAACCUCCUGUUAGACCUACACCACAACAAGUUUGAACAGAGAGGUUUGUGCGAUCACUGGGGAAAUUCUUUCCAUUGUUAUUGUUUCAUAAUUUUUUUUGCAAAUUCUAAACUUUUACCAGGGGAUGUCAAAAGUAUACAUAGAAUUAAUGAAAUAAUUAUUAACAAUAUAACAAAAUUUAACAUUUGUCCAUCUACCUUUAAUAUGUUUCAUUUUCAAAAUUUAUUUGGUUGAUGAUAAAAUAUAAAGGUUAAAUUGCUGCCCACUUUGUGCCUGUGUUCAUGGAAAUUAUUGUAUGCAAAGGCUUAUGUGCUAAAUUUUGGGUGACAUAAAAAAAAUAUAUUGUCUGGUAUUUAUUUUCUCUGAAAUUGUUGUUAUGCGCAUGGUCAGUAUACCGUAAGUUGUCAAGUAUAGCACGCCCCCAUGAAUAACACGCAUCUUGUAUUUUAUCAUUUCAAAAUGAAGUAAAAAAGAACUUGAGCCAAAAAAACAAGCAACCGAGGUGAAAAUGGGCGCCAUUUUACUAUUUUGCAAUCAAAUAAUUGGGUCAUUAGAAAGCUUAAUUUUGCAUUCAAAAGAGGAAGCAUCAUUAUGAUAAGGAGCUUGGGUGGCAUAUCACUAUACAUGUCUGAAAAUGUUGUAAUUUUCUAGCAACAGUCCACAUGCAUUUCGUGUGUAAAGCAUGCACAAAUAAGAAUUCAGCAGCAUGACCUUCCUUGGAAAAAGCCUUGACUUUAAAUUUGAAUGUUGAAUAAAAACUUUAUAGCACAUGGGAGACAUAUUUUACGUGUUAUACAUGGUAACAUACGGUAGUCUUGGGUGUAUUUCUCAUACUUUUGGGUAUGAUUUCUGUAACGUUUUGGGAUAAUUUCUGUAGGGGUGUUGAUAGAUUUUUGCUCUAUGAAUUGCUCUUAAGCUGUACAAAGAUUGCUAACUUAUUAUUUAAUAGUCCUUCAAUAACAUAAUUAUAAUCAAAUCAAAUUGAAUCAAAUUUUAUUUUAAGUCGGUACAGGUGUAACAAAGAAACAUAAGCUAUGAAUAGCUAUUAACCGACAUAACUCAAAAAUUACAAUAAAUAACAUGCAUAUAUAAAACAAAUUACUAAACAAUUAUGAAUCUACCUUUAAGAAUUAUUUCUUAGCUGUACAAUGUUUUGGCAGACUAAUUGAGAAGUAAUGCAAAAUGACUUCUACCAACAAACCAGGUUAUUUGAAAUUGAAGAUGCGGGUAAAUAUAAUUUUUACAAUCAUAUUCUGUUGCAUACAUUAUCUUCCCACCUAGAGAUAGUGGUUUCAUUUGUAGUUGUAGAUUUUUGGGGGGAAACAUAUAUGGUAUGGUAUGAAUAUAUAUUGUUAUGUAGAAAGUGUAGAAUCAUCAAUAUUGCAUAUAUGUUUGAGUAUAAUAUUAGUUACUAUACAGAAUGUCUUAUAUUACUUUGGUUAUCUUAAAUCAUGGCGCUUGUCUUUUCAAGCACUGUACAACAAAUUUGCAUUUUUCAAAUAAGAAUUAUUGUUGAUUUAUGGUUUACAUAUUUCUCGUUUACUUUGUUUCUUUUCAAUACAGUCACUGUUUGUUAAGACUUUUAUUAUACUUUUAUUAAAAAACUGUGAAGUUUAAAGAUUGUGUGCAUGAUUUAUGCUUGUUACAUAUGUUUUAGCCUUAUCCACUUAUUUCACUUGUCCAUAGCUAUUUAAUAUUUGUUGAGCUCGCUUGAGUAAAGAUUGAUAUAGCAGUCACAAAUGUUCAAGUAUAUGUGAAUUAGUUUUUGUGUGCAAUCGACCUUGUCCAGGCUGGAACCUUCUCAUUAUUCUUGCAAUUUAAAUAUUACUGACCUAAAAUGUUCAACCACAUGAAACGAUGUGUCAGGCUUAAACCCUUCCCCCAACCUUAAUGGUCAAGGUGACACUUGGCCAUAAAAUAGAUGGUUAAGUCUGUUAUUCUGUCUUUCAUUUGGCUUUAAAAAUGACACAAAUGACCAUAAGGAUGUUUAUGAUGUUUAACACCCUAUCUCUCAAAAUCAAUGGUCAAGGUCAUAUUCAAAGGGUUAAGGUCAUAUUUUUGUGUUAAAACUGCUUGUCAAAACUGUUACAAUGUCAUUCAUCAUGCAAUUUUAAAAAUACUUUCCACAAAUAUUACCCAUGAUAAACUGAUAUUUAAAAUAUGUGUCCUUAACUGAUUGGUCUAGAUUAAAUUUAGAGGUCGAUAAAUAAAUGUGAACAUACAUGUAGAAAGUAAAUUGGCUGACUCUAACUUUGACCUGAAUUUUCAAAAUAAUUUACCCGAAAUGUUAAUUUUUAACCUGCAUGUCUUGUGUAAACACAGUCUUCCUACCUUUAAUGUCAAAGUCACACAUAAAGGUCAAAUGUAAAAUUUGACCUAAAAACAACUUAUCCAGACUGUUCAUAAUUCAUCAUGAAAUUUUAAAUAAUUUACAAAAAUUGUUUAACAUGUGAAGAUAUGACACUUUUUUGCCAAAUUUUAAUAUUUAUAUUGUAUAAUUAUACGAUGUUACAUUUUUACAGUCUCAUUUUUAGCUCACCUGAGCACGUUGUGCUCAUGGUGAGCUUUUGUGAUCCCCUUUUGUCCAUCGUCCGUUGUGCCUUGUGCGAUGUCAACAUUUGCCUUGUUCACUCUCUAGAGGCCACAUUUAUUGUCCAAUCUUCACAAAAUUUGAUUAGAAGAUUGGUUUCAAUGAUAUCUUGGAUGAGUUUCGAAAAUGGUUACGUUUGCUUGAAAAACAUGGCGGCCAAGGGGCGGGGCAUUUUUCCUUAUAUGGCUAUAUAUGGCUAUAGUUCGAAAAUGAUGCCGGUUGGUUGAAAAACAUGGCCGCCAGGGGGCGGGGCAUUUUUCCUUAUAUGGCUAUAGUAAAACCUUGUAAACACUCUAGAAGCCACAUUUAUUUUCCGAUCUUUAUGAAACUUGGUCAGAAGAUUUGUCCCACUGAUAUCUUUGAUGAGUUCAAAAAUGGUAACCUUUGCUUGAAAAACAUGGCUUCCACGGGGUGGGCAUUUUUCCUUAUAUGGCUAUAUAUGGCUAUAGUAAAAUCUUGUUAACACUCUAGAGGCCACAUUUAUUGUCCAAUCUUAAUGAAACUUGGUCAGAAGAUUCAUCCCAAUAAUAUCUUGGACAAGUUUGAAAAUGAUGCCGGUUGGUUGAAAAACAUGGCCACCAGGGGGCGGGGCAUUUUUCCUUAUAUGGCUAUAGUAAAACCUUGUUAACACUUUAGAGGCCACAUUUAUUGUCCAAUCUUGAUGAAAUAUGGUCAGAAGAUUUGUCUUAACCCUUAAAGCGCUGGAGCUGAAUUUUAAAGGCCUUUGCAAACAGUUUGGAUCCAGAUGAGACGCCACAGAACGUGGCGUCUCAUCAGGAUCCAAACUGUUUGCUAUUCUGAUAGUAUUCUUUGAAAAAAAUCGAAGAAAAUGCUAAUUUUUGAAAUUCUGCAGACGACAAAUUUCCCAGCAUGCAAAGGGUUAAUGAUAUCUUGGAUGAGUUCGAAAAUGGUUACGUUUGCUUGAAUAACAUGGCCGCCAAGGGGCGGGGCAUUUUUUCUUAUAUGGCUAUAGUAAAAUCUUAUUUACACUCUAGAGGCCACAUUUAUCGUCCGAUCUUCAUGAAACUCGGUCAGAAGAUUCAUCCCAAUAAUAUCUUGGACGAGUUUAAAAAUGAUGCCUGUUGGUUGAAAAACAUGGCCACCACAGGGGCGGGGCUAUUUUCCUUAUAUGACUAUAUUAAAACACUCAAAAGAUCAUCAUGAAACUUGGUCAGAAGAUUUGUCCCAAUGAUAUCUUGGAUGAGUUCGAAAAUGGUUUUGCUUGCUUUAAAAAAAUGGCCACCAGGGGCGGGGCAUUUUUAUGUCCCCCACUAUAGUAGUUGGGGACAUAUUGUUUUUGCCCUGUCUGUCUGUUUGCGCCAACUUUAACAUUUUGCAAUAACGUUUGCUAUAUUGAAGAUAGCAACUUCAUAUUUGGCAUGCACGUGUAUCUCAUGAAGCUGCACAUUUUGAGUGGUGAAAGGUCAAGGUCAAGGUCAUCCUUCACAAGGUCAAGGUCAUCCUACAAUGUCAAACAUCAUAUAGGGGGACAUUGUGUUUCACAAACACAUCUUGUUCCUUAUAUGGCUUAAUAUGGCUAUAGUAAAACCUUUUUAACACUCUAGAGGCCACAUUUAUUUUCCGGUCUUCUUGAAACUUGGUCAGAAGAUUUUUCCCAUUAAUAUCUUGUUAUCUCAGGUGAGCGACUUUGGGCCUUUCACGCCCUCUUGUUUUAUCAUUUAACUCUUCACCUAGUUAUAGUUUUCCAUCACAAAUGUGUACUUUGCAUUGAAAACAAAACUGUUUAUAAUAAUAAACUAUUGAGAAGCUUCUUAGCUGAUUGAAUCUCUCCAUGUUGUACUGAAUAUGCUUUUAGAAUCCAGUAUCUGACAUCACCAAUGAUAUCCAGUAUCAUACACCAAAAUAAACUAAUGUCCUUUAUUUCUUUAUCAGUACAAAUUUCAACGUUUAAUUCCAGCUCAGCUAUGUUUGUGUUUAUACCAAAAUGUUGGAAUAAAAUUAAUGUUUACUAUGAAGCAUUGCUGAAAUUGAUGGAAAGAAGGAAUAAAAGUUUUCAUGUGCUGUGAUAUAACUUUUGAUGGUUGUAAAAUUUCUUAGCAAUUGAUAUACAAAUUUUAAUGCCCCCUGAUCGAAAGAUCGGGGGUAUAUUGUUUUUGGCCUAUCUGUGUGUCAUUCUGUCCCAAAACUUUAACCUUGGUCAUAACUCUUUCAAUAUUGAAGAUAGCAACUUGAUAUUUGGCAUGCAUGUGUAUCUUAUGGAGCUGCACAUGUUGAGUGGUGAAAGGUCAAGCUUCAAGGUCAAAGAUCAAAUAUAUGGCUUCAAAGCGCAGUAGGGGACAUUGUGUUUCACAAACACAGCUCUUGUUGAAGAAAUAAUCUUAAUAUGUAAAAACUUAUAUCUGGUUUUAUGUCAUAUAUAUAUAUCUAUUAUCUCUUGCAUGAACUUCGGGAAUUUUAUGAACGCUAUUGUAACUAUAUUUAUGUAGUCUUGUUGAUAGAUAUAAAAGUUCUUGAAAUCCA